ACCGAGGCAGCUUCAAAGAGGUGGCAGGAGCGCAUCCGCAAAGAGCAACUGCCUGAAGGCGAGACACCGAGCAAACACGAUUAUACUACGAGUGAGAGGAAGUCCAAAGCCCGGCUUUGGCCAAGGCAAUUGCGGGAAACCGGGGAUCCAUCAUGUGGCUUGACCGGUUUGCUGGGCAGCAUCCGGGAAGCACUCCGUCUCCGCCCAACAGCCAGAGCCGCGCGCAGUCGCCGCUGCCCCGCCGGACGUCGAGUGCGCGAGGGCCGUAUCUCACGUCGCAGCGGUCGGGCAUCUCGCCGCGGGGCUCGUCUUUGUCGCUGGGCUCGAACGACUCCUCGUCCUCGCUGCUCGCUGCGGCGAAGCGGAUCAAUGGGUCCGGUUUGAAGCAGUCGACCACCGUCGACGACGCCCCGGAUCCGGAGACGGUCCUGGCGAGGAUUCUCGGCCCCUCGCCCGAUCGAACCAAUUCAGAACAUACCCAGACAAGGAGGAUCACGGAGGAUGACUUGGGGUUGGGCUUCGAUUUUGGUGGCCUCUCGCUGCGCGAGCUCGCUCGUGGAGAUGCUGGCCGCCCGGCGACAGACACCUACAGGCCGCAGACUGUAGAAGACUUUGAGCGAGAUAAAGCCAAAUUCGAAGAACUCCACCGGUCCAUCCGAGCAUGCGACGACAUCCUCAGCUCCGUGGAGUCCAGCCUCACCAGCUUCCGCAACGACUUGGCCGCCGUGUCGGCCGACAUCGAGAGUUUGCAGGCCCGGUCGACCACACUCAAUGUCAGGCUAGAGAACCGGAAAGCCGUGGAGAAGGUGCUGGGGCCGAUUGUGGAGGAGCUAAGCGUGUCGCCCACGGUUGUAUCCAAGAUCUCGGAAGGGCACAUCGAUGAGACAUGGGUCAAGAUCUUGGCCGAGGUCGAUAAGAGAGUGAUGGCCCAGAAGAAGAACUCGGCACAAACACCGAGCAAGGCGCUAGCUGACGUAGGGCCGUUGCUGGAGAAGCUAGUUCUCAAGGCCAUCGAGCGGAUACGCGACUUCCUCGUCGCUCAGAUCAAGGCCCUCAGAUCGCCCAAUAUCAAUGCGCAGAUCAUCCAGCAGCAGAACUUUCUGAAGUUCAAGGACUUAUUCUCUUUUCUGCACCGCCACCAGCCCGUACUUGCGGGUGAGAUCUGCCAGGCGUACCUCAACACCAUGCGCUGGUACUACCUGAACCAGUUCACCCGCUACGAGAAGGCCCUCGAAAAGCUUAAGCUCCACGUCCUUGACAAGAAUGACGUUCUUGGUCACGAGGACAGCUCCAGGAGGACCACGGUGCUCUCGGGCAGCAAGAUCGCGGGCGCACCACAUGACGCCUUCAACCUAGGAAGGAGGAUAGAUGUCCUCAAGACCGCCAGCCAACUCGCAAUAUCUUCCUACCUCGCCGAGGAAGACCAGUCCACGCACUACCUCGAAGUCCCCUUCCGCAACUUCAACCUGGCCCUCAUCGACAACGUCACAGCCGAAUACAGCUUCCUCGCCGCCUUCUUCAGCCCCUCCCUUUCCUUCGCGGCCAUCUCGCGGCACUUCAACUACAUCUUCGAACCCACCUUCGGCCUCGGCCAGUCACUCACCAAGCAGCUCGUGGCCGAUACGUACGACGUCCUGGGCGUGCUGCUCUGCGUCCGCCUCAACCAGCACCUGGCCUUUGAGCUGCAGCGCCGGCGCGUGCCCGCCGCCGAUGGCUACAUCAACGGCACUGCCAUGGCGUUGUGGCCGCGUGCCCAGAGCAUUAUGGAUGCCCACUGCGACUCGGUCCGGGCGCUGACGGCUGCGCUGCCUGCCCGCGCGCCGUCGGCGGCGUCGGCCAAGGCCGCUUCCGCGGCGCCUCACGUCGUCACGCAGCGCUUCGGCCAGCUGCUGCACGGCAUCCUGGCGCUGAGCGCGGAUGCCGGCGGGGACGACGAGCCUGUCGUGGCGAGUCUGCGGCGGCUACGCAACGAGGUCGAGGGGUUCUUGACCAAAGCCAGCCAAGCUUCGUUUGGGGCCGACAAGAGGAAGCGGGAGCGGUUUCUGUAUAACAACUAUAGCUUGAUUCUGACGAUCAUCAGCGACGUUAGCGGGAAGCUAGCGCUGGAACAGCAAGAGCAUUUCGAGGUGUUGAAAACGACUUAUCAGGAGGCUGGGUAGCUUGAAACGGGGAAAAGUGUCGGCGCUUGGGAGUAGUAAUCAGCGAUCGCGAUCGUUCGGGCUGUUGCGGCCAGGAAGGGGCAAAACGGUAGGAUAUCCCCUUCGUGUAGUAUUGACUUUGCGUUAGACUUGAGGGCUACCAGAG